AUCGGAGCGCAGUUUUCAGUCUCAUCAGGCAUCACGGCGCUUUUUAAGUCCUACCUCUGGUCUCCAAGCUGUUAGUCCUCUGCUGAAUUGAAGAGGUGAAACAUCAAGGAAAGAGACACCAGAUCCUCAUCAGCUGAUCGGGAAGGAAACUAAUUCAAUCUGCUGAAGGAGUAAAGACUGACACCAUGACACAGGGCAAGCUCUCACUUGCUAACAAGGCUGACGACUCCUCAAGUGGAGAGGCCUUUGUGGCACCAGUUCCCCCCACAUAUGAGGAAGCUAUUGCAGGUGCCAGUGCUCCUUGCUACAAUGAUGAAGAGAUGCUCACAGAGUUCAGCUGGGAUGAUUCCAACAUCAGAAGAGUCUUCAUUCGAAAGGUUUACUCCAUCCUUAUGAUCCAACUUUUGGUCACUUUUGCAAUCGUGGCUCUUUUUACAUUCUGUGAUCCAGUGAAAGACUACAUUCAAACCAACCCUGGAUGGUACUGGGCCUCAUAUGCGGUGUUCUUUGUCACCUACUUGACUCUGUCAUGCUGCUCUGCACCCAGGAGACGCUUCCCAUGGAAUUUGAUCCUUCUUGCCGUCUUUACCUUAUCUCUUUCCUACAUGACUGGAAUGUUGUCCAGCUUCUAUAACACCAAGUCAGUAGUAAUGUGCCUGGGGAUCACAGUAGCAGUCUGUCUCAUAGUUACGGUCUUCAGCUUCCAAACUAAGCUUGAUGUGACCUCAUGCCAGGGUGUACUAUUCAUUUUCUGCAUGGUGAUGCUCGUCUCUGGACUGGUGCUGGCGAUUGUCCUUCCAUUUCAAUAUGUGCCCUGGUUGGAUGCCAUUUACGCUGCGCUGGGAGCCAUUCUAUUCACAAUGUUUCUGGCAUUCGACACGCAGCUCCUAAUGGGAAACAAGAGAUACACCAUGAGUCCAGAGGAAUAUGUCUUCGCCACCCUCAACAUCUACCUGGACAUCGUGUACAUAUUCUCCUUCUUCCUCCAGUUAUUUGGCACAAAGAGAGAUUAAACCCGCCCUUCAAUCCUGCAGAUAAGGGCUGUACCAUUCUAAAAAAAAAUGAAGAUGUUGGUAAUCCUGGUAGCUUUUUUUUUUUUUUGAGUCAUGGAUAUUUUAUGAAUCACCUGAAAUCACUAGACAUUCACAUGGAUACAUAUCCAUAUCAUCACAACAAGUUGUCUUGUAGCUUCCGAUCCAUUUUUCAGCAUGUUUAUGAGCCAGGCCUGCAGGGCACAUUACUAGAGCCAGAAACAACAAUGUCUCUUCAUUCAGUGUUCUAAAACAAUCUGGAUGUGUUCAUAUGUAGUAGUUGUAUCAGUGCAAAUCCAUUAGAAAUCACCUGAAUUUAAAAAAACUAUUAUCGACCAUUCAGGAAUAAAUAAAACGCAUGACUCCUAGCUUAAACAAAGCAAACAGAACUCAUUCUAAAUUUUGUUGCUGUGGAUCUUCUUUUACAAAUGUAACUUCAAAAUGCAUUUAAAAAAAACAUAUAUGCACAUCAUUCCUUCUGUUUCUAGUCCUAUGCAUUGUCAUCUCUAUACUGUGAAUUGCGAGUGUUCUGUUGUAUUUAAUAACUAGACAGUAGGUGAUACAUUAUUUUUUCUUGGCUUUAAAUUACAAUCUAGAUUUUUGUUUUUGGUGAAAAUUAUUUAACUAUUCAUAUUUACAAAAGUGUUUUAAUGCAUAUGAAGAAGUCAUUUUAAAGACAUGCUGAUUUUUGAUGUGUGACCAAAAUCUGUUCAGUGCACUUACUUUGCUCCACUGCUUGUAUGUGAUUUAUCCAACAUGUGUGUUUGAACCAAAACGCUUCAAUGAAGGAUUUUUGAUUGACAUCUUUCAGAAAGAUUUUCAGAUUGAGCCUUAUAGGUUUUAGUUUUACUAAUGUGAUAAACUUUCAAUCAUUUUGACAGUAUAUCUGUCAAUAAAUAUAAAUUUAAGAGUGCCAAACAUGCAGGAACUUUUUUUAAGGACUGCAUUUGUGGAGGAACCUGAAUGCUGUUAUGUUAUUUCACUACUUUAGAUGAGGGGAUUUCAAGGUAUGGGUCUGAUUCUUCUGAAUAUUUUUAUGUGUUUUAGUGUUCCUUUGUAUUACCUUUAUUUUGUUAUAUAGGUGCAAUAUAUUUUAAGAGGACUCCACAUUUCAUCCGUGAAUUGGUGUUACUGUGUAUUUUAUUAAGAGUGUGUAUAAAUAUAGUCACAAGUUCUGAUUAAAUAAA